AUGCAUGAUUUUUUAAGAGUGAAAGAUCAAUUCAAAAUUUCUUUUUUUGAUCAGCAUGUGUUUCCUUACCUUCUUCUUUGUUGGUUGUUGAUUGCUACAGGUAAGUAUCAUGAAGCCCUUUACGUUGCCAAGCUUGGACGGUCCAGAGCACUGACAGACGUACUGUCGGAUAAGUACUCUGUAGAAAAAGAGGUAUCAGUGAACCCACAGUCAUGGAUUGGUAUUGAAAACAUUAUGAACAAAAAUGCACUUAGUUCUUGUCUUCAUGUUUCCUGCUUUAGAGAUAAUAUGUACUUUUGGAUCCUCAAGCCAAACAAAAUGACCGUUUUUCGACAAACUAGACUCAAAGAAAGUACAGAUAAAGUGUUUGGGAAUAAGACAUUUGGUGGCUCUCCUGAUUUACGUCAAGACCAAUGCGAAGAUCGAUCAUUGUUUUCAUGUGUAAGCUCCCGCCAUCAUGCAAACCAUCUCAGAGUGACAGCUUCGAAUCUUUGCGUCUUAUAGAAGAAGAGGAAGACGAAAAUCACGACUCUAAACCUUUAACCCUUGCUGAUGGUUACAACAUGAUAGUCGCUCCUGUAGCUGACUUACUCCAAGAAUCAGAAAUCAUUAUUGUACCGGAUAACUUGUUGUAUCCAAUUCCUUUUGCUGCUUUAAUGGAUGAUAAUGGAAAGUAUUUAUCGGAUACUUUCAGGAUUCGUAUUGUCCCCUCCUUGACGACUCUUAAGUUGAUUCAGCUCAGUCCAGAAGACUACCAUAGUAAAACCGGUGCACUGAUCGUAGGAGAGCCAGACGUUAGUGAUGUAUAUUACCAAGGAAACCUUCUGCAGUUAAACUCACUGCCUUGGGCGAGAGAAGAAGCAGAGAUGAUUGGGCGACUGUUCGGUGUUCAACCGUUGCUUGGAAGGAAUGCAACUAAGCAGGCAGUCUUGAAAAGCAUGCAUUCAGUAAGUCUCAUUCACUUCGCUGCUCAUGGUUAUGCCGAACGUGGAGAAAUAGCUCUUUCCCCUGUAAGCUCCUGCGGAACUCCACACGAAGAAGACUACUUAUUGACGAUGGCUGAAAUUUCACAAGUUCGACUAACAGCCAAGCUGGUUGUCCCUAGCUGCUGUCAUAGUGCACGUGGUCAGGUAAGGGCUGAGGGAAUUGUUGGAAUCGCUCGAGCAUUUCUAGCAUCGGGUGCACGCGCGGUGUUGAGGGCACUGUGGGCUGUAGAGGAUGAAGCUACUAUGUGGUUUAUGAAUCGUUUUUACGAGCACCUUGUUCAUGGUGAAAGUGCCAGUGAAUCUCUUCACCAGGCCAUGAAGUCGAUGAGAGGGAAUCGCUUUUCUGACGUCAUACAGUGGGCACCCUUUAUGCUGAUUGGAGAUGAUGUGACAUUCAAAGGUUUGUAUUUGAUAUUUAUAAUUUUUAGGUUUUUCUAGCUAUUUGUAUAGUCAAAAUGUGUGAAGUUUAUGUUCGUGACAACUCGUUAUUUUGAGAAAUAAGUUUUGUUAGUUUCUUUCUUUAUUGUUUUUUUCUAACCCUGUUCAAGACUUGUGAGGCAACUGGAAAGAAGGCCGUUUCUUCCGAUUUUCAUGGAAUAUUUCGUAAAGCAUCGGAUCUAAAAUAACUAACUAAAAUGAAAAUUGUAAAAAACGGUAGUUGAGCUUCCAAGGAGCAUAAGAAAACAAUUAAAGUCAGAAAAGACUUUUUCUUAAUGGUGUACCUGAUGAAAGAAAAAACGUCGCCUCUUACAGCUUCCGAGAUAGUCGGUCCUCGAAAUUGAGAAAGCGAGAACAGGAAAAUAAAAGGGCCCCCCUUUUCUCAGAUUCAGGCGCCCAUAUUUUUGUACGCCUUUCACCGCGUCAUCCCUACUAUCUGAGAGCCUGGAACAGGCUAUAAAAAACGCUGUAUCUAUUUUUUAGUCUUAAACCAGAUUAAUCCUGAGGGAACCAGAUCCAGCUCAGAGCAGGGCAUACGUACUGAUAAUUAUUACCGGUGAGCGAGAGUUUAAAAGCAGACGCAAAGAUUCCCUCAGCCCAAGCAGCUGCAGGAGCAUUUUCCCUCUUGCCCAAGCAGCUGCAGGAGCUGCAGCAGCUGCAGGAGCAUUUUAUUUUGAAACUUCUCUUUUAUACAGAUAUUUUUCUGGAAAAUGAGCUAAGGGCAACUUCCUUGUCGUUUUCGUGUGUUUUUUAAACGAGGUUCAGUUUUGUCAUCAAUCGCCUCUUUUAUGAUGGUUGUUUCGCGGAGAAGUCGCAAGACUUAAUAUUUCCCCAAGACAGUAUUUCAUUCGAUUCAAUUGGGUUUUACAAUACGUUUCGCUUUAGUUCUCUUCGUAGUCGCGAUUUUGUAACAGAGGAGAUGGUUGAUAUUUUGGGCAACCAUUGCACGGGCUGUAAGGGAUAGCAUGGUUGGCUUGAUAUCAACCUCCUGCCUCAAGAUAUAAUCUGAUCUGUAUGCAAACAGAAAACGGAGGAAAUUAAAAUAAAGUAAAAUAUUCCCACUGCAUACAUUAUUGGCCCGUGACGCGGGAAUUUAGUAACUCCGUAAAUUCCGUCGUUUUGGGCCUGCGCGCUGGUGGCAUGAUUCAUUGCGGCCCUUGGUUAGAUUUGCUUAUUUUUUGCCCGCCUCUUGGCUAGUUCAACGCAGGUCAGUGGAAAUGACUUAGAAAUUUCGCCCCUCCCACCCCCCCUGGUGGCGGUUGACGUCGCUAACCCUCAUUAUUCGGCACGCCUAUUGUCCUGGCAGUCGCGGUUGCCUCCCAUAACUUAGUUCCCCCGUGUCGGAACAAUAGGUAUGCAGUGCGAAAUUCAUACAAAUCGCAUUUAAGCUGAAAAUGAUACAAUACGACUUUACUAAACUUUUAGCAUAUAACUAAUUUCCUCACAGUGUAAAGGUUUGCUAUUUGUUUGACUUUGAAUGUGUUAGAGAUAUUAAGGUAAAACAUUUAGCGCAACGAGCAACAGAAGCAUGUUGAUCGAUGGCUAAAAUAAAUCGUGCAGAGAAUGCAUACGAAAGGGAACCGUCACCAUUAGUUUUUCUAUUUGCAGGUACAUUUGAUAAGAGCAGUUUGAAAGAUGGCGAAGGUGCAACGGAAACAAAGAUCUUGUAA